AAGAAGAGAAGGAAGGAAGAAAACACCACCCCAAAAAGCUCGCCCGUUCCACCCCCAAACCGCACCAGACCUGUUUGCUAGGACGGGCAAGUUCAACCCGAUAAAUAGGAAACGCUAAAGAAGGGCACGCAAACGCGAAAAACGGUGGCGAAGGAGGGUAAAGUUGUUAAACAAGAAAGUGGGAAAAACAAGUGCGCGUCGCUCGGGUCUGCAGUGCGUUUUGUACCGUUGCGUCUGCUCGUACGCAAAGCAAAGCAAGAAAGGGGGAAACGGAACGAAUAGAAGGUUUGCAAAAUUAACUCAAUCUGCAGGCGUUUUGCUGCUGCUGUCAUAGCGGAAUUCCUGUGCCAGUAAAAUCACCAUCGUCCAUCGCCUCCCCACGCCCCAUCGCAGUGCCUGCCACAGAUACAGGAAUGGAGCUGGAUAAUAUAUAUCUGAACAAGCUGCCGAUCGUAGCCGCCACGGGCAGCGAGGGCGGCACCUGGAACCACUACGCGUUCAUCGAGAGCACCUGGGGCGAGCGCAAGAUACUGCUGAAGAUAAUCGUGUUCAGCCCGCUGUACAACACGCCCCUCAGCUUCCUGUCCGAGAUCGACCACGAGGUGCUGCAGCAGACGGCCAUUCGGCUGGAGCGGCCCUGGAACGAUUUCCUGCACGAGACCAAGCUGGCACUCUGCACCGAGGGCGGCGCGAACGGGUUCAGCUACGCGGUCGAGGAGAACAAUUUCGUGUGGCGCAAGGUGGUGGGGCCCGCGCUAACCGUCGCGUACGGUUCGGUCAUACUGCUGCGCUCCCAGUGCCUGCUGUCGGAUGUGCUGUCCAACUCAAUCGCCACCCAGAACCGUUUGCGCAACGAUGUGCAGCUGAAGAACAAGGUGCUGCACGAGCUGAAGGAGGAGCACGAGGAGCUGGUCGAGCUGCAGCGCCAGCAGGAAGAGGACAGCCGGCUGUACGAGAUCGAACUGAUAACGAAGUGCAUCAGCAUACUGAACGAGAAGAAGGAGGUGAUCAACCAUCUGAAGAAAAAGCUUGCCGAAGACGACGAUGAAGCAGAGGGCGAGCAGGAAGGGCGGGACGAGGACGAGCGAGAGGAGGAGGAAGAGCGCCGGCGGGUUGAGACGGUGGCUGCCGCGGCUGCGGCGGCGGCGGCUGCUGCUGCUGCUGUGGGGUCGUACGGUGGUCGGCGGUUGGCGACUGAAGAGGAAGAUGCCGCAGCAUCCCCGCUUGGAGCGAGCGAUUCGGAACCGUUCCUGGUGGACAGCGAUCCACAGGAUCAGGACGAGCACGGCACGCUGCCCAAGCGAACUAAGUAUCAGCUGGCGCAGCGCAGUGCGACAACCACAUCGGCCAGCAGUAGUGUGUCGUCCACGGUUACCCGCAAAUCGACGGUGCCGGAGGAGGACGAUGUCGGCGCACGGGAACAGCCCGAUGGCCAGCUGGACGAUCUGUACAAUAAGGACACGCAGGAACUUUUGCAGCAGAUGUAAACUAGUGAUGGAUAGAGUUGGCAAAAAUCCGGAGUCGACUCCGAUCCGACUCCGAUAAUUUCGGAACCGACUCCGGAAGGUAGGUCCGCCCAGCAUUAUCCGAAGUCGUUCGGAAUCAUCCGGAGUCGGCCAUAGUCGUUGGAAGUCGGAGCCAUCCGAAGUCGUCUGGAGUCGUUUGGAAUCGUUCGGAGUCGUCGGAGUCGUCUGGAAUCGGUUGGAGUCGGAGUCGGCCUUCGAAACAAAGGCUUGUAUACGAAGGGCACGCGCAAAGUGAAUGAAAAAAAAAACACAUCGAAAGGAAAAGCCUGAUCACAAGCACAUUGCAUCGGACAGCAGAAUGAUUGCGACUCCGUACGACUGCUCCUCUGAACGACUGCGGGCGACUCUGAAUGACUCUGGACGACUCCAGACGAUUCCGAACGAUUCCGAACGAUUCCGGGAGGAGGGUGGGUCGGAUAUGGCCGGAGUCGGAUCGGAGUCGUGGGUGCGCUCCAAAGAGCACAUCACUAAUGUAAACGUUAGACUGGAAAGGAAGGAAGAUGAAGCACGAGGCAUUUUUUAAACGAAACCACAUAAAUCAGCAAAAACAUCUCCGUUUUGCGUUUAGAUUAGGAUAAGCCAGCGUUUGUGUGUAGUUUGUGAGUGAUUGCAUUUCGGUUUCCUUUCAAAUCAAACUCCCAUCUUUAUCAUCUUUAUUCCUUGCGUUACAAAAAUGCCAAACAAAUUAGAUGGCAGUUAGCUGGCGAAAGCAGAUGGCGAACCAUCGUACUUUAAAUCAAUUGUAUGUGUCGUAAGCGUAACAAGCAGCAACAGUGUGUCAUAGUGCAAUGGAAUAUUUUAGCGUAAUUUAUGUGCCAACAAUACAGGGUAAGGGAGUGAAAUCAAGUGUGAGAAUCUGUGAAGCUUUUCUUUCUGGCGGGAUUCUACCCAUUUACGAAAUUUUACCUUACGUGUCCCGCCUUUCUCUCUCUCUAUCAACCCUUUCUACCAUUACCGUUUCUAUUCCCUUGCGUUCAGAGUUCUGACUGAACCAAAACCGAAGGGCAGUAAGUUAAGAUUGAAAACAUUUGCUAUAUUCCUUUUAAGGAGGAGGAAUUCGAUUCAAACGUAGUAUGUAACUAUUUAUUAUUUUAUAUUGCCAUUUGAUUUAAGUCAUAUCGCAUUACCCAUUUUUUGAUAAUAAAAAGGAUAAUCAUCAAUUUACGGUAAA